UACACCCAGUGCUGCCUCGACGAGGAGACCACGAAAGCGGUGACGAACUCGGAGCAUAGUUCGGAAGACGAAGGGUACUUGCUGGAAACCGACGGCCGACGGAUGUCCGGCGGAAACUCGAUCGGCGCCGACUGGAGCUCUACGAGGAAGGCUGAGUGAAAUUUCUGUAGAUCUGACUACUCUUUAAGUCUCUGGAUUUCGCAAAUCGCAUUGGAAGUUCUGCUCUGCCUUGAUCGGUUCCAUGGAAGAAUGGUUUGGUGGUCCAAUCAUGGAGAAGCUCAUCAGCACUGGCUUUGAGUACUUGAAACGUCAAGCCAGAUGGCAGACAGGCAUGAAGGAGGAGCUGGAAAGGUUGCGAGAGAACUACCCCAAGAUCCAAGCCGUGGUCCUUGCUUCCAGCCAAGCACAGAUCACAGACAAAAACUCGGAUUUGAACAAAUGGCUGUGGCAGCUACGGGAUGCCAUAGAUGAAGCAGAUGAUGUGCUCGAUGAGUUUGAGUACAUGAAGCAUGAAAAUCAGCUGAACGAAAACAAGGAGCAAACAAAGCUGCGUUCUGCCAUGAGCUCCAUGAAGAAAGGAAUUGUUAAAAUUGGUAAACGUGCUCUCCAAAUUGAUCCCUUAUUGAAAAAACUGGAGGAGGUUGUGAAGAAGCUUGAUAGAGUAUCAGCUGAUGUUGGCAAUUUUCUUCAUCUUUUAGAAAGCACAAAGCAGGAGCAACAGGAGCAGUUGAUUGAUUUGUACAAAACACGUGAAACGGGAUCCUUGCCUAAAAAUGAUCUUAUUGGUCGAGUUAAAGAAAAGGAAUUUGUUAUGCAGUGGUUGAGGAAGCCAUCAAAUGAAAAUGAGACUCUUAGUACUAGCACUACUUCGUACGGGAGCAACAUUUCUCUUCUCUCUAUAGUGGGUCAUGGUGGUAUGGGGAAGACAACUCUCUUGCAACAUGUCUAUGAAGAUGAAAUCACAAGGGAAUUUAAUCUUAAAAUGUGGGUUUGCGUUUCCAAUAACUUUGAUGUGAAAAAAGUUAUUAGAGAUAUGCUGGAAUGUCUUAAAAUGAAGAAGCCUGAUUUGGAGUCACUUGAGUCACUUCAAAGAAGUCUUAAAUCUGAGGUGAUUGCCAAGAAGUUCUUACUUGUGCUGGAUGACAUUUGGGAGGAGUCAGAGGAGCAGGAUAAAAGCAAAUGGGAGAAUGUGCUCGCUCCUCUGACUUAUGGAAGUUUGGGAAGUAAGAUUUUGACAACAACUCGGAUGGAUUCUGUUGCAUUGAUGAUUGCAAAGGUGAUUAAUAAGAAGAAGGAAACAUUUAGAUUGGAGGGCUUGGAGGAGGAUGCCUGUUUACAUCUCCUCAACAAUCAUGCUUUUGCUAAUGUAGAGAAUCCUGAUGUUCAUCAUCCUAAAUUAAGAUCCAUAGCAGUUGAGAUUGUAAAAAAGGUUCAUGGAUCUCCGUUAGCAGCAAAGGUCAUGGGUGGUGUUUUGAAUUCUAACUUGAAUGAAAGGCAUUGGAUGAAAGUUUUAAAUAGUGAUAUUGGAAAUGGAGAAAUGGGCAGAAAUGAUAUAUUUCCAAUCUGAAGAUUGAGCUAUAUGUUUCUACCAAAGCCUCUACAAAAUUGUUUCUCAUUUUGUGGCAUAUUUGCAGCAGAUC